CGAGGCACGAUACACUGUAAAUAUUGCCAAUAUUACCCGUUUUGUAUUCAAACGUAUAAAGCUAAACCAGUCUAUUUGCUCAACUGUGAAUGAAUGUGGGGCAUGUCAAAUAUAAACCAUACACUGUUACACGUUUCCUAGAGACGGCCAUUUUACACAGCUAUUUGAGAACCCAUUGGACGACUGUUGGUGGCUAGAAACGCAUCCAGUGAACUAUAUAGUUACCAUACAAUAUAGGUAAUACGUUAAGAUGGAAGACGGCAAUGACCCCGUACAGAAUGACACCUCGGGUAAAGAUAAUCCCAUGGAACAGUUAAAUGAGGAGUAUGAAGAAGCUGAACAGUCUCAAAGUUUCCUUCAACGUAUGGAGAAUGGCCAUUACAGAAUCAAGUUCUUUCGAACAGUUGCCAUACUGUUUGGCUUCGUUACUCAUGGUAUUGUUUUUAGUCAAAGGGGACCAUCAUUUCUAGACUUACAACUUAUCACCGAUACAGAUGUCGAGAAAGCCUCUACAUAUUUCACGGCUACUGCAGUUGGUUAUAUGUCUGGUUCCUUUGCUGGUGGAGUCCUUUUCGACAGAUUCAACAGCGUGAUUCUGCUUUUCUUACCAAUGUUCGGGUUAUCUUUGUCAGUAAUCGUUAUACCCCUUUGCUCAUAUUAUGGUCUGAUGUUGACGAUGAUGUUUGUCAGUGCAGUUUUUAUGGGUUGGUAUGAUACGGCUGGGAAUGCUGAUGUGGUUGCGACGUGGGGCGCAGAAGGCCAUUCCUACAUACAAAUUAUGAAUUUUAUGUUUGCCGUUGGAGGUUUAAUUGCACCAUUAAUAACAGAACCUUUUCUGUCAUACCCGGCAGACGACUCCAUGGAUAGCUCAUCGGUAAUACCACCAACCGAAUCAUCCAACACCAGCUUCACAUUCCCCGUAUUGACAAACACGUCAUCGUUUCCUGAAGGGUUCAAUAACUAUUCUGAUGUUAAACACGUGGACUCAUCUGGUGAAACACGUUUAAUUUAUGCUUAUAUCAUAUCAGGACUAUUGACAUUCCAUGCUUCACUACCAUUCUUCGUCUUGUUUUUAAAUGACAAAAUGCAUAAGAAAAUGAACAAAAAGCUUAAAUCAAAGGACACAGAAAGGCCAAGGAAACGGGACCUGCCAUUGACAUACUUUAUUCUGACCAUAGUUUUCAUUAAUGCUAUAUAUUUUUUUGACUGUGCUGUUGAGGAUACUUUUUCUGGUUACUUGUUAACGUUUGUUGUUAUGCAGCUAAAAUGGAACAAAUCGCAGGGCAGUCUAGUAACGUCUGUUUACUGGGGAUCAUUUGCAGUCUUGCGGUUUAUUGGAAUAUUUCUGAUUCGGUGCUUGACGCCAGUUAAAUGGCUUUUCAUUUUCACAAGUGCGUUAACCGUAUCAUUGUUCGGAUUUUUCUUAUGUGCCAAAUACGAACUCCAUAUUGGUGUGUGGUUAUUCACAGCUUUGGUUGGUGCGUCUAUUUCCAUUAUUUUUGCCACAGGACUAAACUGGAUUGAACAAUCGGUUCUAAGAUUAACUGGUAAAGUUCUAUCAUCAAUUAUCAUUGCUGGAGCGUGUGGCUCCAUGUUAAAUCCGUUAAUAAUAGGGCACCUCAUGCAAGAAUUAACUCCGAUGUGGUUUUGCUAUUUAUUUUUAAUAGAAAUAGUUCUCUACUUUUUAUUUUUCGGAAUUUUAUUUUACUUUUCCCGUACAGUUUUGAUAAAAGUGAGAUAUGUAACUCCGACCGAGCAAGAAAUAGGCGAAGAAAGUUCAUCCAUUCAAAAAGCAUUUCUUGAAAAUGGAGGAAGAGAAGUCUCGGAAUAAUAAUUGGGCCAGUUCCAAAAUUAAUGCAUUAAUCACUGUUUGGUUCGGUUCAUUAAAAUAUAUAGUUUGUGGAGAAAUGAAAAAUUGUGCCAUAAACUAAAACGAUGUGAUAAUUCUGAACAAGUAAUCAAACUCUGCCGGACUAAGAAUGUAGUGUGUGUAUUUACAAUGAAAUGAUACUUACGGACUAAAAUUUAUUGAAGGAGACUAUGUUUGCUUUAUAUUUUCUACUGUAUUUUGGUGAAUAUCCAUGCUUUUAGGGCCAUGAAGGAUCAGAAAGCUAGUAAACAAAUAUCAAUUAAAGAAAUCACCUACUAAAAUGACGUCAGACUAAUAGAUUCCUUUAACCAAGGGUAUACAUAAUAGAAAUUGUCAACCCCCUUCAACAUUAUUGAGACCACUGUGCUCUCUGUGGUUAUAAACAUAACGAUGAUGAAAAUGUUUAAACCGGUGUUUCAGGCCCAACAUGUCAUGGAUUUAAGGUUCAAGUCAAUGGAGAGAGAAUUACUAGUCUUAAUCCUGAUGUAUUUUUUAUUAAACGAUACGCUUUUAGACGCUAUGAUUCAGUAUGAUGAAGUAAAAGAAAUAUUGGGGGGGGGGGGGGGGCAGAGAUCCAAUAUUACUAAACAAACAUGUAUACGCGACUUCUUUGAAUUCACAACUAGAUAAAAAGUACAUGUAUUGUUAUUGUUAUACUACAUGAAUAAAAAAAAUAUAUGCAAUCUAUA